CAAAAAAUACUCAUAUUAUAUCGCGGGAACCCCAAUUCUCUCCCUCACUUUCAAAAACUCAACCUCCAUUGUCAUCGCCAUUUUCAACUGAACACCAAACUCUUUCUCUCUCUUCUUUCUCUCUCUAAGAUUAGAAUCCGAUUGCAAUGUCGGCGGCGAAAGUGAGCGGAAAGAAGCGAACAGAAGCUGAAGCUCAGCAGUCCGAUAAACGUAAGCGAGACUUUCAGGAAGAUGACGACAUUUUCGACAACGAGCUUUCCAGCGAGAUCAAAGGAAUUUUCUCAGCGCUGCAGCAAAUCAGAGAAAAAGCUGCAAAAGACGGUCAGAAGAAGAAGGAAGAAACGAUUUCUAGUGUCACUGCUGAGAUCAAGUCUAUGUUUGAGGAGCUGAAGGCAAAGAUUGAAAAAGAAAGGCAAACUUUUGCAAAAGCAUUGACAAAGAGCUCAAAGGAGUGUGAAAAUGCACUGAAGGAGGAGACUGUCAAUUUCCAAGGAGUUUAUGAGAAAUUCAGCAAAGAGAAAGCAACAUAUCUGCAAUCACUGAAGGAUACCAUUUCCAAAUAUGAAGAAGAGAAGGAAAGGCUCUUCGUGCGAUAUGAACAACAAAGGAAGAAAGAGAAGAGCAUGAUACAAGAAAAGGAAAAGGCGUGUGCUGACAAAAUUGCUGAGUUGGAGGAGUCUUUGAAGAAGAAGAAACAGGACGACAAAACUUUCAGUCUUCUAAGGAAGACUCUGGGAUCCUUUCUCGAGACUGGUUCAGAUGACGAAUUUCCACAAGAUGAGUAAAAGAGUGUUAUGGUUUUAGACCUGAUCUUUCACUUACAAUGGCAAAACUUUUGAUUCUGCAAUGUCUUUGUAUAGGCGAUUAGCUGUUUGCUUCCCUUCAAAGCAGUCUUGCAAAAUGUGUAGUGACAGAAUUCUCAUGAAGUAGACAUACAUUAUCUACCAUUAUAGAAAUUUCUCCUAGAUGUUAAUAUACAUAUAUUAGAAGAAGCAAGUGGUGCUUGUGCUGUAAAUUCCUGCGAUUUGUUAGGAGACUCUGAUCAGC